AUGCAUCUCAAUCCCCGUCCCUACAAUAUUCUCUCUGUUCUUUUGCUCUCCUCAUUUCCCAAUCUUUCUUCCUGUGCUGAAGCCGUAUCUUCAACUCUUUCACGCCCAGAGAUCAUCGUUGCACCCAUCCAACCUGCCAAGGCUCACUUGGCAACUACUGCGCUUUCUACCCCCCGAAAUCGCACUUGCCAUGUCUCCUCCUUGGGCUCUGGCCGCGAUGAUUCUCCCGCCUUACUUGCCGCCAUCAAAUCCUGCAACAACGGUGGAGUUGUCCAACUAAAUGAAACUCUCUACACAAUCUCCACCGCGCUAGAUCUUAAAUCUCUUCAAGCUAUUGACUUCAACAUCUCAGGCACCAUUCAAUUCUCCUCCAACAUAGCCUAUUGGACUGCCAAUAGUUUCAAGUAUGCUUUCCAAAACAGCAGUGCCUUUUGGCAAUGGAGUGGAAAUGAUAUCAAUUGGUAUGGGGGAGGAACCAUUGAUGGGAAUGGGCAACCAUGGUGGGAUGCCUUUGCUAAAGAUAAUACUCUUGCACGACCGAUAUUGUUCGUCAUGAAUGGAGUGACAGGAGGAAGUAUGAGCGGGUUGAAGAUGAAAAGUCCACCGAAUUGGUUCAAUCUCAUCACGGGCAGUCAAGAUGUGCUUGUUAGUGGGAUGACUUUGACGGCAGUGACGAGUAAUUCUAAUCCGGUUAAGAAUUCUGAUGGCUGGGACACUUACCUCUCUUCCCAUAUCACAAUUCAAAACUCAACCAUCCUUAAUACCGACGACUGCGUAUCCUUCAAACCCAACAGCAGUUCCAUUAUCGUCCAAAAUCUUGCAUGUACAGGUUCUCAUGGCAUAUCCGUUGGCAGUUUAGGACAAUACGUUGGAGUGACUGAUAUCGUUGAAGAUAUCUACAUUUAUAACAAUACACUAAGCAAAGCCAGUGAUGCGGCGAGAAUCAAGGUCUGGGCAGGUGCAGUACCGAACUCAGAUGGAAGUCUACCUUAUGGGGCAGGUGGAGGUAACGGCGUUGUGAGGAAUAUUACGUAUGACAAGAUGACGGUUUCUAGUGUUGAUUACUCGAUUGAACUCACUUCUUGCUACAUGCAAACUACUGCAAAUUGCAACGCUUAUCCUACGAAAAUGACAAUUCAAGAUGUAGUAUUCAAAAACUUUGUUGGUGUCUCAAGCACAAAACAUGACCCUAAGGUCGGAACUUUGGUGUGCAGUAGUGCUUCUUCAUGCAUCAACAUCGCAGCUCAAAACAUCAAUAUCACCACGCCGAGCAAGAAAACUGCAACAUGGACUUGUACGAACGUGAAUAAGACUUUGUUAGGAAUCAAUUGUGUUUAA